AUGACGGUUGCUACGGGUGACCUGGGGGACGAGGCGGCGGCCCAUCCCGGUGACCCGUACGAACCAGAACCGGACUACGAGUGCUGUGAGCGCGUGGUCGUCAACAUCUCUGGGCUGCGCUUCGAGACUCAACUGAAGACCCUCUCCCAGUUCCCUGAGACCCUGCUGGGGGACCCCAAGAAGAGAAUGCGGUACUUUGACCCUCUGAGGAACGAGUAUUUCUUCGACAGGAACCGGCCCAGCUUCGACGCCAUCCUCUACUACUACCAGUCAGGAGGGAGACUGCGUCGGCCAGUGAACGUCACUCUAGACAUCUUCUCUGAGGAGAUCCGCUUCUACGAGCUGGGAGAGGAGGCCAUCGAGAUCUUCAGGGAGGAUGAGGGCUUCAUCAAGGAGGAAGAGCGACCUCUUCCAGAGAACGAGUUCCAGAGACAGGUGUGGCUGCUGUUUGAGUAUCCUGAGAGUUCCGGCGCGGCCCGUAUCAUCGCCAUCAUCAGCGUCAUGGUGAUCCUCAUCUCUAUCGUGUCCUUCUGCCUGGAGACACUCCCAGUGUUCCGGAACGACGAAGAGGACGAUGGCAACAAGGUGUUCCAGCCCUUCAACAACUCCACCUCUUCCUACACGUCUUCCUACUUCACUGAUCCCUUCUUCAUCCUGGAGACGCUCUGCAUCAUCUGGUUCUCCUUUGAGUUCCUCGUCCGCUUCUUCGCGUGUCCUAGUAAAGCCGGGUUCUUCGGUAACAUUAUGAAUAUCAUUGAUAUUGUGGCGAUUAUUCCAUAUUUCAUCACGUUGGGCACAGAGCUGGCAGAGAAACCGGAAGACGGGCAGGCUGGGCAGCAGGCCAUGUCCCUCGCCAUCCUCAGGGUCAUCCGGCUGGUCAGAGUGUUCAGGAUCUUCAAACUGUCCAGACACUCCAAGGGGCUCCAGAUCCUGGGCCAGACACUGAAGGCCAGCAUGCGGGAGCUGGGUCUGCUCAUCUUCUUCCUCUUCAUUGGAGUCAUCCUCUUCUCCAGCGCUGUCUACUUCGCCGAGGCCGACGAGGCGGACUCACAGUUCAGCAGCAUCCCAGAAGCCUUCUGGUGGGCCGUGGUUUCCAUGACCACCGUGGGCUACGGCGACAUGGUGCCCACCACCAUUGGCGGUAAGAUCGUGGGCUCCCUCUGUGCCAUCGCCGGCGUGCUGACCAUCGCCCUGCCCGUCCCCGUCAUCGUGUCCAACUUCAACUACUUCUACCACCGGGAGACGGAGGGCGAGGAGCAAGCGCAGUACCUGAACACUCCCGUUGCCACCAAAGCCGACUCAGCCGAGGACCUGAAGAAGAGCAGUCGCAGCGCGAGUGGAUCCACCCUCAGUAAGUCAGACUACAUGGAGAUACAGGAGGCUGCACUGAACCACAGCACUGAGGACUUCAGAGCAGAGAGCCUCAAGACAGGAAACUGCACCCUGUUGGCUAAUGCAAAUCAGCAAGCUAAUUCUAACACAUUGGCUAACACCAACUACGUCAACGUCACCAAGAUGAGAACGGAUGUAUAGCCUCCUUCAGGCGUUACCACAGUGACUUCCUUGGCUGUAGAGGUGCAGGGGGACUGGAAGGAAAGAGUAGAGUGGGGAGAAGACUGAGGAAAAACCCCUCCUCUCUGAUGUUGAAAAGGCUCGGAGUCCCUACUGUGGGAGAACAGAAUGGAUCACAUAAACUCUGGUAAGAGCAGAGAUCCGGCAUCUCAUCCACCCCAAAACAGAUCUGUUCCUAACUCAACCCCUUGCCCUUCCUUCUCCUGUUGGGAGUUGAAGCGUCCGUUCGGUGACUGCAUGGCGUUAGUCUGGGCUUUGUCACUGUUCAGCUGUCCAGUAGUCGUCUAUAGGCUCAGCUCUGCUCGCUGCAGUAGUCCAAUAGUAGCCAAACUGCCCACUGGU